CUGGUUGUAGUAAACAGCUCUGUUGAUUAUUGGGGUCAAGAGGGAAAGAUGGAACCUUUGGGCAAAGUUUUUGAAGUGGAAUGGGAACUGGAUGAGGAUGAAUUGAAUAGAGGGGAGAGGAAUCGCAGUUCUUCGAGUUCUAACGGUUCUUUCUCCGAAGAAGAAAGUACUCGUAACGGAGAGCUCAGCCCGUCCGAAGAUUACAUAUCUUCAACAGUAACACUUGAUGCUGUUAGGGAAAAGCCUCCUCAUCAGAUGAAGCAAAGUUCAUCUUCACCUGAGGUUGUUGAGAUGCUUAAGGAAACGUUCUCAAAGUUGCUCCUCGGAGAAGAUAUGUCGGGUGGCGAAAAGGGUGUCUCUGCAGCAUUGGCUGUUUCGAAUGCCAUUACUGAUCUUUCUGCUGCAACUUUUGGGAAAGUAUGUAGAUUAGAGCCUCUGCCUUCUGAGAAGAAGCUAACAUGGAAGAGAGGAAUGGAAUGGCUUCUUAGCGUUAGCGAUUACAUUGUGGAGUUGACACCAUCCUUGCAUACAUUCCCCGAUGGAACCAAACGAGAGGUAAUGACUUCUAGACCAAGGCAAGAUCUCUACGUCAGCCUCCCCGCGCUUCUGAAACUGGACAACAUGAUUAUAGAAGUUUUGGACGGCUUAGAACAUACAGAGUUCUGGUAUGUUGAUCAAGAAGGCGUCUUGGCCACCCAGAGUCCGCCACCAAAGGAGAAAUGGUGGUUGCCUGUCCCUCGAGUCCCUACGUGUGGUCUCAGCGGGAAAGCAAGAAAGCAGUUGCAGCAGAUUAGGACCUGCACUAAUCAGAUCCUGAAAGCAGCAAUGGCUAUCAACUGUUGCACUUUAGAUGACAUGGAAGUCCCAGAAUCAUAUUUGGAAACUCUUUCUAAGAAUGGUUACACUAGCUUAGAAGAAUUCAUCAAUGGAUACAACUUCUCCGAUCAAUUUUCACCCGAGUCUUUGCUCGACUGCCUCAAUUUGUCUUCUCAACGUCGGGCUCUAGAGAUCGCUGACCAGUUGGAGGCUUCGAUACACAUUUGGUGCCAAAAAACUAACUCAAAAAACUCGAAGCUAUCGUGGGAAAUGGUUAAGGAGUUGGUGGUUGAUGCAGAUAAGAGAGAGGUGUUUGCAUAUAGGGCUGAAAGUCUUCUCACCUGCUUGAGACUAAGGUUUCCUGGGCUUCCUCAGACAAUGCUGCACAUGAGCAAGAUUCAACAUAACAAGGAUCUUGGCAAAUCUAUACUGGAGAGCUAUUCAAGAGCCGUGCAGAGUUUGGCAUUCAACAUUGUGGCACGCAUCGAUGAUCUUCUUCAUGUGGAUGACUUGACCAAGCCUUCAGAUCCGUUCAUGUCCAAAUCUCAGAAAAGCCCGAGGAAGGCUUUGACUGAUUAUUUGGCCAUUGAUUCUAAAGGCGAUCAUGCGAGUGAUGAUCUUGAAGGACCAGACUCGCGCUCGGCCGUGUACCAAGAGCUGAUAGUGACUGCAGAUGAACUCAAUACUUUCUACUCAUGUAUUUAGUGCUUCUGGCAAGCAAACAAGGCCUAUCAUUUUCCAAUGACCACAGUCAAAACAGUUUUAUGUGCUAAAACAAAAUCUACCCAUAUACAACCAUGAAGGAUGUCCUAAUGAACUCAUUCAUUUCCAUUUCUCCCCAUACACAACCACGAACGAUGGGAGCAAUGACAAUCAAAGCAAUAACUCCUG